AUGCUUGCUUCUAAGCCUGUUGAUACCUCCAUGGAUCCUCAUUACAAGCUAGAGAUUGAUGAUGGUGAAGAUCUCGAAGAUAAACACCAAUAUCGGAGAUUGGUUGGUAAACAUAUUUAUAUGACUGUUACUCGACCAAACAUAUCAUUUGCAGUGGGUGUCAUUAGUCAUUUUAUGCAAUCUCCCAAGAAACCUCACUGGGAGGUAGCUUGUCGCAUUCUACGGUACCUAAAAGGCGCUCAAGGAAAGGAACUGAUUUAUAAAUCACAUCAGAGAGUAGAUCUAAUUGGUUUUUCUGAUGCUAACUGGGAUGGUUCUAUUGGUGAUAGGAGGCCUACCACUGGGUCCUGUACUUUUGUUGGAGGAAAUCUAGUCACUUGGCACAGCAAGAAACAGUCUACUGUAGCUAGAUCUAGUGUUGAGGCUGAGUAUCGAGCCAUAGAGUAUCGAGCUAUGGCUCAUACUCCAGCUGAACUAAUAUGGCUGAAAUCUUUAUUACAAGAAUUAUGA